AUGCAACACAUCAUCGAUAACCACCCGGACAUGGCUACUGCUCUGCUGGCGGGCGAGAAGCUGAAGGAGCUGAUCCUGCCCGGGCAGCAGGACGACAAGACCGGUUCGCUGGCGGCGCUGCUGCUGCAGCUCAAGCUAGAGCUGCCCUUCGACCGCGUGGUCACCAUCGGCACCGUCCUCAUCCCCAUUCUGCUCGUCACCCUGGUCUUCACCAAGAACUUCGCCGAGGAGCCAAUAUACUGUUACACACCCCACAACUUCACCCGUGACCAAGCCUUGUAUGCCAGAGGAUAUUGUUGGACAGAACUAAUAGAUGCCUUGCCAGGAGUUGAUGCCAGCCAUUGGCCCUCCUUGUUUGAGCAUAAGUUCCUUCCUUAUGCACUGCUGGCUUUUGCUGGCAUAAUGUACAUUCCAGCUCUUGGCUGGGAGUUUCUGGCCUCCACCAGACUGACUUCUGAGCUUAAUUUUUUGCUUCAGGAGAUUGAUAACUGCUACCACCGUGCAGCAGAAGGGCGUGCACCGAAAAUAGAGAAACAAAUACAAUCCAAAGGCCCUGGGAUCACAGAGAGGGAGAAAAGAGAAAUAAUUGAGAAUGCAGAAAAGGAAAAAAGCCCUGAGCAGAAUUUGUUUGAAAAAUACCUGGAAAGAAGAGGGCGAAGUAACUUUUUAGCUAAACUUUACCUUGCGAGACAUUUAUUUAUCAUAUUUUUAAGCAUUAUACCAAUUACAUACUUAUCCACCUACUAUGCUACGCAGAAGCAAAAUGAGUUUACGUGUGCACUAGGAGAGCCUCCUGACAAAACGAGCAGCUCCAAAUUGCACAUCAGGGUGAACUGCAAGCUGCCAGCUGUCCAGCUGCAACGGAUAAUUGCUGGAGUGGACAUUGUCCUCCUCUGCUUUAUGAACUUGAUCAUUCUCAUCAACUUAGUUCACCUUUUCAUAUUCCGCAAGUCUAACUUCAUAUUUGAUAAACUGAACAAGGUUGGAAUAAAGACCAAGAAACAGUGGCAAAAGUCUCAGUUUUGUGACAUCAAUAUUCUAGCUAUGUUUUGCAAUGAAAAUCGGGACCAUAUAAAAUCCCUGAACCGCUUGGAUUUUAUAACAAAUGAAAGUGAUCUGAUGUAUGAUAAUGUGGUGCGCCAAUUGCUGGCAGCGCUGGCCCAGUCUAAUCAUGAUGUCACACCAACCAUGCGCGAUUCAGGGAUUCAGACUAUAGACCCCAGUGUCGAUCCAGCAGACAUUGAUGCCAAUGAACAGCUCGUCAUUAAGAGACCUAGGAAGAAAAUGAAAUGGAUCCCAAGUAGCAAUCCACUUCCUCAGCCAUUCAAAGAGCAGUUAGCUAUUAUGAAGGUUGAAAACCACAAACCUGAAAAGCUGAAGCCAGUGCGCAGGAAAACAGCAACUGAUAGCCUUAUUGCUCCUCUGAUAGAGUCCACGUCAAAAACCUCACAGCAAUCAUCAUCUCAUAAAACUGAGUCAAACACCAUCUCCAGCACAGGCAAUGAGAAAAAACAUACACGGCACUUUUCCCUGGAUGUUCACCCAUAUAUACUUAGUAGUAAAAAACCCAAGCCAGAGAUUCAAGCCAUUGCCUCAAUGCCUACAUCCAAAAGCCAAGAGGGUGGAUUUUUAAACCAAGAGGAAAAUGUCGUAGUUCAUGUCACCUCUUCUCUCAAAGUCAUCCCACAUCAUGAGAAAGAGAUUCUAUACUCCUCUGAGACAUGCAGAACUGUCCCUGCUGCUGGGGCUUACCUCUCCUGCAAUCACAAUCAUAUAGCAACAACUGCUGCUGCAACAAAUAUAACCCUGAGCCAUGUCAAACCAGAACCAACAGCUGCACUGAAUCGUAAUCCUACUCACCCUCUGCUGAACGUCAAUACACUGUAUGAAGAUCACGAGGAAGAGGUUUCCAACCUUACAGACAACAGUAUUCAUUCACCAACCGAUGCAGGGGAAAUACUCUCCAUACCUACCCCAAAGCACAUAAUGAUGGCAACAUUUGAAGAACCAAGGGCAAUAGUGAGUUCUGUGGAGUACUAA